AAAAAAUGUGAUAAUUAUAUCAUAAUUGAGGAUAAUCAAGAUAAAUGUCAUUAUUGUGGCAAACUUUAUGACUUGUUUGACUGCUACGAUCGAAACUACAAGAGUGUGUGCGAUUACUGGGAGUAUAAAGAAUUUGAGCAAGCUAAUUGGCGACAGGUCAAUUUGGUUAGAAGUAGACGUUGUGACACCACCAUGUACAACCAAAGUGAUUGUGAACAAACUGGACACUACAAAACAAAAAUGAAUGAAUUCAAUGAAUCUAUGGGAAAUUGUUAUCCCGGAUCAAUUAAAACAUGAUAGCCAAGUUAUUGAAUCGUGUAUGAAUAAAAUGGAAAAACGGUGUUAUGAUUAUAUAGAGAUUAAGCAUGGUCCUGAUGAUUAUUACUACUGCUCAAAACUUUACGACUUAUUUGACUGCUACGAACAAAACUACAAGAGUGUGUGCGAUUACUGGGAGUAUAAAGAAUUUGAGCAAGCUAAUUGGCGACAGGUCAAUUUGAUUAUAAGGAGCUUUUGGAGCUCGACCACAUACAACCAACUGUAUGAGGUGUAA